UGAAGCCGUAGAAAAUGAGUGGAGAGCUAAAAAGCAGGUUUUGGGAGUUGAGCUCCUAUUUCUCACUGUCCUCCACUGAUUCUUACUGCUAAUCCUCGCGGUUUUACCCAAAUUUCAUUUCUCACUCAAGAGUCUGUUGUUCUUUGUCUUGGUUCCAUCCAUUCUUCACGAAAACAACAUAGAUUCAUCAUCUCAAAUUCAAAUUCAUCUAAAUCCAGGUCCUGUCUUCUUCAAGCUCCAGUGGCAUAAGGUUGAAAUGGCUUGGUGGGAAGGCACUAAUGAAACUCGUCUUCUCAUUGCACCUAGUGCAAUUGAAGAUGGUUUAGGUCAUUUAUUACCACUUCAACAUCCAAAAUCAGGAAAGACAACAUGCUAUCUUCUUAUCAAUGGAGUGCUCCAAGAACUUCACUGGUUCAAGCAAUGUUACACCUCUUGGUUUCUGGGGGAUUAUGUUUGUGAAGAUGGGCGCCUAUAUUCUGCCACUCCAGUUGAUCCGGUCUUCAUUUUGUUGCCUAUUUUUGAGGAAGCUACAAUGAAGAAAGGGGAUGAUCCUGGGAAGUUCAGACAAUUAGAUGAGAUAAUCUUCAUUAAUGGCUGUCCUGGAUAUCAUCAUUUAAUGUCCAUUGCAGAGAAUUGUAUGCAAAUAGUGUGCGAGGUCAAAGAAAUUGGCUCUUCAAAGUUUUUCCGCCUUGAUGAUUCAAAGGUGUUAUCAUGGUUGUCUUGCAAGGUCUGCCAAUUAAAACAGGCUCUACCCUCAUUGGACAAAAACUAUGCUGCUCAAGAUGAAAAGAGUACAUUGACUGAUGCUGUCACAAUAUUGGGGGAAUACUUGAAGGAUGAGCCCUGGUUGAAGCUUUUGUGUAAUCAUUUGAAAUUGAAUUUACUGGAGGCAGCUAGUAAAGUACCAGGUACUGAAAUUUGUUUGACGGCUGCUGAAAAUAACCCAGCAUCUUCUAAUCUCAUACAGGAAAAGGGAAAGACUGACAGUAAAUCAAAGAGAACUGGGAAACAAACUAAGAAGGCUAAAGUGGAGACAGAAUCACUGAACAUAAGAGAUAUGUUCAGCAGAGCUUCCCGGAGAAGAUGAGGUUCGCUAUGGAGACGCUUGUUUUUUUUUUGUUUUUGAGAACAAAGAAACAAAAUAUCAAAAAUCUGGUUUUGUUGUCAUACUGCUUUCUUAAACUAUUUAUUGGUGUCUAAACAUGGUGAAACUUUUGCAAUUCUGAUGGUUUCAGAAUUUUGUUACUUGAAGGAUAUUUAUUUUCUUUAGAAUGAAAGUCAACAGGAUUUCUAACCAGCCAAAUGAAUGUUCAUUUGGGCUGCAGCUAA